UUCGGUACAACGCUGCUGCAUUAACAUACUUACCUGUGGAGUUAACUUCGAAAAUAUCAUUGUUAUUAUGUUCCCGCUGUCAAACACAUGUUACUAGUAAUAAAACAACAGCACCACCAAAAGCUUACUGGAAUAAUCUGGAUCCAGGUUCUAUACCAGACGUUAUUCAAACAUUGACACAGGCGGAACAACGUUUGCUGUGCAGAAUAAUUCCCUUUGUUAAAAUCGUGAAAUUUAGUGGCCUCUAUGGGCAGUACGGUUUUCGCGGACAGGCAGUUUUAUUUGCCCAAGAUAUCUUUGAAGUCAGUGAAAGACUGCCUAGUAUGCUACCAAGAUCUGCAAGCCAGGUAGGCAUUAUUGUAGUAACCGAACGAUUAGAAAAUUUGAACAUCACCAGGGAAUUCACAAUAUGUCGCGAAAAAGUCUAUAGUGCUUUAAGAUGGUUAAUCAGAAAUAACCCGCUUUACAAUGAUGUACGUAUUGACGACAAUGCCCAAAUUAGUGACCAGGAGUUAGUACGACUUAGUGUGCCCGAAUUGUCUGAAGAUGAAGCGUCCGAAAGGAAUGAAAAUGAAAUUCGAAAUGCAUUCAUUCCAAUUAAAUAA